AAAGUUGUUAGUACUUAUAAAAUAUUUCGGCUUUUAUCAAUAAAAAUUUAAUUAAUUUUGGGCUAAUAUUAAAAUUUAUCUGUCACCUUUCAUUAUCUAUAGUGUAGCAAAAUAGUUCACCUUAAACAAUUUUCUUUGUGAGUUGUAAUUGUAUGAGGAGGGUUAUAUUGUUUUGGGAAAGAUGAUAUUAGCCAGUUAAGUGAUAUAAAUAUACGAUGCCAAGUUCUAGGAUAAUUGUAACUUUCACGUAUUUUAACUAAUGCGUGACUAUUGCUAUCAUUGAAUAAUCAUCAACAUAACGCUAAACAGUAAAAAAAAAAAUGUCCCGAUCACUUGUGCCCAGUCAACAAAAAUUAGCUGAAAAGCUGAGUUUAAUUAAUGAUCGUGGUGUAGGAAUGCUUACAAGAAUUUAUAACAUUAAAAAGGCUUGUGGUGAUGCUAAAUCCAAACCAGCCUUUUUGUCAGAUAAAACAUUAGAAUCAUCUAUCAAAUACAUAAUCAGAAGAUUUCCCAAUAUCGACAUUAAAGGAUUGCAAGCAAUAACUCCUAUACGCAAUGAAAUUAUUAAAUCAUUAUCAUUAUAUUAUUAUACAUUUGUUGAUUUACUUGACUUUAAAGAUAAUGUUUGUGAACUUUUAACAACAAUGGAUGCAUGUCAAAUUAACCUUGAUAUAACCAUAAAUUUUGAGUUAACAUGUGCUUACUUGGAUCUUGUUACAACAUAUGUUACACUUAUGAUACUAUUAUCAAGAGUUGAAGACAGAAAAGCUGUUCUUGGCUUAUUUAAUUCUGCUCAUGAAAUGGUACAUAACCAAAGUGAUCUCAGCUUCCCGCGUUUAGGUCAAAUGAUUGUGGAUUAUGAUCCUCCUCUCAAAAAACUGACAGAAGAAUUUAUUCCUCAUACCAAAUUAUUAUACUCUGCUUUGCGGUCAUUAUGGCCAGUAUAUAUAAAUAGAAACUUAUCUGCAGAUAAAUGGAGGUCUGAUCAGAAGCUGAGUUUAGUGAGUAAUCCUGGCUAUUUGUUAAAGCCAUCUCAGACUGAAACAAUUUCAUGUGAAUAUUUAUCAUUAGAAACAAUGGAAAAAUGGAUAAUAUUUGGCUUUUUACUAUGUCAUCAAGCUCUAAGUCAAGAACAAGCCAACAAAUUAUGGUUAAGUGCUUUAGAAUCAAAUUGGGUUAUAGCCUUAUUUAGAGAUGAAACAAUAUUCAUUCAUUCAUUUAUACAAACAUUUUUUGAAACUAUUAAAGGAUACGGGAAACGAGUGUCCGAAUUAAAAGACGCAUAUAAUCAUGCCACUCAAAAAGCUGUUUAUAGACAUAGAGAGAGAAGAAAGUAUUUAAGAACAGCUUUGAAAGAGUUAGGGCUUAUUCUUACAGAUCAACCAGGACUACUUGGACCUAAAGUUUUACUUAUAUUUAUUGGUUUAAGCUUUGCUAGAGAUGAAAUUUGCUGGUUAUUAAGACAUAGCGAUAAUCCACCACUUCAAAAAAAUAAAGGGAAGUCAUCAGAGGAUCUUGUUGAUAGGCAACUCCCAGAGUUACUAUUUCACAUGGAAGAAUUAAGAAUGCUUGUGCGAAAGUAUAGUCAAGUAGUUCAAAGAUAUUAUGUGCAGUAUUUAACAGGUUUUGAUGUAAUUCAAUUAAAUCAGACUUUACAAAGUUUACCAGGCUUUACUGAAGAUGAAAGUGUUAUUUUAUCUUCUUUAGUCAAUAUAAUUUCUAAUCUAUCAGUUAAACAAGUUGAAGAAAAUGAAUUAUUUGAUUUCCGAGCUUUACGUUUGGAUUGGUUUCGUUUACAAGCUUACACUAGUGUUACUAAAGCUCCAGUUUCAUUAAUAGAACAUAGAGAGUUAGCAUCCCUAUUAGAUACUAUCUUCUUUCAUACAAAAAUGGUUGACUAUCUAGAUGAAAUGAUGGUAGAGACAUCUGAUUUAUCAACAUUUUGUUUUUAUAAUAAGAUGUUUGAGGAUCAAUUUCAUAUGUGUUUGGAAUUUCCUGCUCAGAACAGAUACAUUAUUGCAUUUCCUUUAGUUUGUAAUCAUUUUCAAAGCUGCACUCAUGAACUUUGUCCUGAAGAAAGACACCAUAUACGUGAAAGAAGUUUAUCAGUUGUUAAUAUGUUUUUGGAUGAAAUGGCAAAAGAAGCAAAAAAUAUUAUAACUACAAUUUGUGAUGAACAGUGUACCAUGAGUGAUAAGUUGCUGCCUAAACACUGUGCAUUAUUGAUUUCUCAAGUGGUAAACCGAAAAAAGAAGGAUAAAAAUAAAAAAAAUGGAUCAACUGAAAUUGAAAAACCAGGCAUUGAAAGUUUUAGAAAAACUCGUGAAGAUCUUACUACAAUGGAUAAACUUCAUAUGGCACUUACUGAACUGUGCUUUGCAUUAAAUUAUUGUUCUACAAUCAAUGUAUGGGAAUACACAUUUGCUCCAAGAGAAUAUCUCCAUCAGCAUUUAGAAAAUAGGUUUUCUAGAGCCCUUGUUGGUAUGGUCAUGUUUAAUGCAGAUACUGGAGAAAUAGCAAAACCUUCAGAACUUUUAGCUAGUGUACGAGCAUAUAUGAGUGUUUUACAGACAAUAGAAAAUUAUGUACAUAUUGAUAUAACUCGAGUUUUUAACAAUGCAUUGCUACAACAAACCCAACAAUUAGAUAGUCAUGGAGAAAAAACUGUUGCGUCAUCAUACACUCAGUGGUAUUCAGAAGUAUUGCUGAGACGAGUGAGUGCUGGCAAUAUAUGUUAUUCUAUGAAUCAAAGAGCAUUUGUUAGUUUGACUGCUGAAGGAGCUAUUCCAUUUAAUGCUGAAGAGUUUUCUGAUAUUAAUGAACUGCGCGGUUUAGCUGAACUUGUUGGACCAUAUGGUAUGAAGUUAUUGAAUGAAACUCUAAUGUGGCACAUUGCAAGUCAAGUUCAAGAAUUAAAGAAAUUGGUGGCCAGCAACAAAGAAGUUUUAUUAGCUUUGAGAACUAAUUUUGAUAAACCAGAAAUUAUGAAAGAACAAUUCAAAAAACUCCAACAUGUUGAUAAUGUUCUUCAAAGGAUGACAAUUGUUGGGGUAAUAUUGAGUUUUCGACAGUUAUCUCAAUCUGCUUUAGUUGAUGUGCUAGAAGAAAGAGUUCCAUUUUUACUUAGUUCAAUUUUAGAUUAUCGUAUGAGUUUACUUGGUGGAGAUGCUAUAGUUGUAAGUGAGAUGGCAUCAGCAGCUGGACUUCCUUGUAAAGUUGAUCCUACUUUAGCAAAUGCUCUUAAAAAUCAGAAAACCAGUGAUGAAGAUGAACAUUUAUUAGCUUGCUUACUAAUGGUUUUUGUUGCUGUGUCCAUACCUAAAUUAGCCCGUUCAGAAAAUUCUUUUUAUCGGGCAUCUUUAGAAGGGCAUGCAAAUAAUAUACAUUGUAUAGCUUUAGCCGUUAAUAAUAUAUUUGGUGCAUUAUUUACUAUUUGUGAACAAGGAGAUAUUGAAGACCGGAUGAAAGAGUUUCUAGCGUUGGCAUCGUCUAGUUUACUUCGUCUUGGACAAGAAGUUGACAGAGAGAUUACUAAAAAUCGUGAAUCUGUUUAUUUAUUACUUGAUCAAAUUGUUCAAGAAUCACCUUUCCUUACUAUGGAUUUAUUAGAAUCAUGUUUUCCGUAUGCACUAAUCAGGAACGCAUAUCAUGCUGUUUAUAAAAUAGAACAUUCCCAAGUUUAGUUAAGUGAUUAUAUGUAUUAUUCAAUGACUGUUAAUAAUUAUUGGCCAUAAUUUAUUUUUUCCACAAACUAUAUAUAUUAUUUAUCACUUAGUAAAAUGUAUAAACAUAAUGUAAUACUAAAAUUUAUAUUUUGUAAUAAUAUAUAACUCAAUUUAGAAAUAAGAUUUUGUAUACCAAUAUUUUAUCGAAAUUUGUAAUCAGUAUUUUAUUGAAAAUAUAAUUAAAUUGAAAAAAUGUUUUUAAAACAUUAUAUCCUAUAAACUAUAACUUGAUUUAACUCCAAUAAUUUUUUCACUCGACUUAAUUGUAUCAUUAGAUUUAAAUU